AAGGGCCCAGUGAGUUGUGGGUUCGUACCUUUUUCGUGGCAAGGGAGUCCAUGUCGGACCCCCCACUGUGGAUCAGAAAAUCCAGUAUGGAGGAGGGAGCAUGACCACCCGCCAUCACCACAUACAAAAAAAAGAAGAAAAAACGGAGUAGCCAACGAUGACAACAGAAACAGCCACCGAACCAAAGCCCCAACAGGCGGGCACCUCGGACCCCGACGCGCCGCCCGCCAGGGAGGAACGGCGGGAGCGAGACGGCGAUGGCGGCGGCGGCGGCGGCGGCGACCGGCGGCGUAAGCACGCCAACAACAACAACAAAAGCAACCAGAACACCAGCAAAAAGCCGGGCUACUUCCAGAAGGACCUCGAGGCGGCCGAAGAGCUGAGGCGGGCGGCCGAGGAGCGCGCCGAGCGGGCCCGGGCCCGGCGCGAGGAGCGCGCGCGCAAGACGGCCGACCGCGACAGGCUGCGGCGCGCCGUUGCAAAGGCCAAGAGGCCCGGCCGCAACGGCAAGGCGAAGCUGGGCAGGGAGAGUAACGUGCUGCUGGAGAAGGUGAAGCGGAUGAUGGGAUGAAGUGGGUGGCGGUGGUGAUCGCUGACGGGACGGACGGGGGAUGGCGGCGUUUGCGCACGCGCGUCUUGCCCAAUCUUCUUUUGCAUUUGUUCGGUCCGGCUUACGGCCUAGACUGGUCUGGAACGCCCUAAUCUCUUACCUGUAUGGAGUUUAUAAAGGAAUCG